CAUUCCUAAACCCCGUCGGCUUCUUAGUCCGAUUUCCACCGCCAGAUACUAAAAUCAGUACGGGCACAAGCUCGCAGCUAUGGCGUUGAGGAUUAUGAGGGCGGUUGAGGGUCAGACAUGUUCGAUGCUAGGGCUCAAGGCGAUGGCUAAUGUUUUACCCCAUUUUUCGCCGUUAUCUGGGAUCAUGGACCGAAAGGAUUCUACGCCGCCGCUGGUUCUGCCGGAGUUUAACCAUGAAUCUGAUAGCGAUAGGAUCGGCAACUGCAGUAGUGUGGGAUUUGGCUUCCCUAGUUUAUCUUUUUCCGGGUCCAUGGAGCUCAUGGCUGUUCCUAAGAGGAAGGUUUCUCCACAUAAAAGAGGCAUAAGAAAUGGCCCAAAAGCUCUAAAACCUAUUCCAGUUAUAAUUCGGUGCAAGAGUUGUGGUAAAGUCAAGCUGCCUCACUUCUAUUGUUGCAGUGGAGACAGAGGGAGGACGGGGGAGCAGGACAACUCAACCAGAUGAGCCAACGCAGGGCUAACCCCAUAGAAUCUUCCCCCAUUAUUGGGAGCUACAGCUUCUUUUUGGAUAUUCUUGUUCAUUAGGUUCUUUAAACUUUGCUGCUCUCCCCUUUUCUAGAAGGACGCUCAUUGUAUGGUAGAUUCAAGAUUCUAAGCCUUCAAUAUGUUAUAACCAUCAAUUAGCUUUUGAGCUCAUCCUUGCUUUGUACUUCACCAGCAGACUUCAGUAUCUUUUGCUUUCCCAAUAAAAAAAGUUAAUUCCGAUCC